AUGUGCAGUCGACCGAAGCCCGGCCCGGCCCGGCCGAGCGCUUUCCGAGCUUGGCCACGUCGACUUGCAGAAUUCCUCAACCCAAAAACAUCCUCAAACACACAACCAUCAGUCAGCCUCUUCGAGCUCGAUAUCCAACAAGCACCAGCAGUGAUGCCAACUCCGUCUCUCGCCCGAACUCUCAAGUCAAUUCAGAGCCUGGUUGACCAGCAGGAGUGGUAUGCCGCACAUCAAAAAUAUCGUACCUCGGCCGCACGACUUCUCAAGUCGAAUGACCAAGCCUCUACACAGGAUGCGAUCUUACUGUUAUUCGAAGGAUCGAGACUCUUGUUAGAGCGAGGACAAACGGGCUCGGGAACCGAUCUUGGGCUGAUGUUAAUCCGGGAUGUGAUGGUGGCCAAGAAUGUGCCAGUGGGAGUAGAGGAGCGCAACAAGCUAUUGACGCUGAUCGCUCUGACUGGAUCCUCUGGAAGCUGGAGGAAGACCUUGAUCGAUGCCGCGGUGUCCUGGUCUUGUGAUGCUGGAGAUUGUCCGACGGGCGAUCCGGCUUUGCACCUGGCUGUUGGUGAACGACUUUUCAAGGAGAACCAGUUCCAAUCCGCCGUGGUCCACCUCCUAUCGGCGUGCAAUCGUGAUGCAGCCAAAGUGUUAUCGAACCUCUUAUGGGCUUGGUCGAAAGAAGAUAAAUCAAACUCGGAUGGCUCUCUCUCCGGACGAUACGCAUCCGUAGGUGUUCUCGGCUACCUGGAACUUGGCUCGAUCCUCUCCGCUCGCACUUUCCUCGAAGAUUUCCUCCAAAAGACUAUCUCGGCCUAUCCCAAGCUACUCAACUGUGAUCUCAAUGCCGACUGUAACAACAGUACGGUCCAUGUCUUCUCCGUCCCAUCACUGAACUUUCUUCAGCUAUUAAUCCUCACUUGCCAAGUCGGUCCUGGCUCUUUACCCAAUGGCUCGGUCCCUCCCCCAAAUCACCCCGGUCCAACCAUCGGCAAAGCAGUUUAUCAAGCUAUGAUCGGUCGUUAUUCUCGUCUCGACGGUUGGGUAUCCUCGCCCGCUAUCCAAGAAAGCUUUGCAACUCUAGCUGAAAUGUACUUUGGGAUCAGACAACAACGACAGGGAGGCAACAUUUUGAGUGAUCUGAUGGGCUCUCUGUUUUCGGGAGGGCCUGGAGGCCCAGGCUCAUCGUCACUUCCACCUAGCUCUCGCACUAAUAAAUCGAUUGAACCUUCUGGUGGAAUUAGCACUCCCACUCUAGACUAA